CAAGCCUUAGCACAGGAGUGCAAUGAAAAAUUUGUCGAUGAACUACUAGAAAGAUCUCUUAGAAUAUUGGAUAUCUGUAAUGCAGCUAAAGAUUUCCUUUCCCUAUCAAAGGAAAACAUGCAUGAACUACAGUCGGUCAUCAGAAAGAGAGGAAUCAAAACUGGCUUGACACUCGAAGGUGUAAAAUAUUUGGCUCUUAGGAAGAACAUGAAGAAGCAAAUUCGAAAGGCGUUGAUAAAUUUGAAAUCAAUGAAGAAUGAUUUGAUUGCUUCUUCCUCUCCUAAGCUUCGAUUCUUGGAAGAAGCAGAAGCAGUCACCCUAUGCUCAUUAGAACAUUUGUUACUAUUUAUCUCCGAUCAAAAAGGACACUCAAAGCACGGCAGAUGGUCAGCAAUAUCCAAGUUGAUGCAUUCAAAAAGAGCAGUUUGUGAUUCUCAUGAAUCAGAGACAAAUGAAUUUGAGAAGGUGGAUGCAGCUUUGCAGUGUUCAUCUUCUGAGAAUAUUCAAAGUCAUAUGGAAAAUUUGGAGAUGUGUAUUCAAGAUCUAGAAAUAGGAGUUGAACAAAUCUCAAGAAAAUUAAUUAGAAAUAGAGUUUCACUUCUUAACAUCUUCAACCACUAAUCAUAGUGUAUAUAUAAAUUUUGCACACUCAAUUUUCCCCCAUGAGUGUUACAUAACUGUACAUGAAUGUGAUUAUAUCUUCUUUUUAA